CCCAAGAGAAAUAUUGUCUAAAUUUAGUCCAGUUUAACAUUGAGAUGCCAGCGCAUUCUCUAACAAAUUGUUCCUCUUGGUAUAAAUUACAAAACGAGAGUAGUUCAUAUUUGAUCAGUCGUUUUUCACGCAUCUUAUCAUAUCGCCUUAUCUUGUAAUAAGAACUUGGUAAACGAAAUUACGUUCGUUUGGAUUUUUCCGUCGUUUGCUUAGUCGAAAAAAAACCGCUGAAAAUUUAGUGAUGAAAUGUGCGAUUCGUCCCUUGUUCGCGCCAGUGAUUAUCUUGAGUCUCGUAACUGUAGUUUUAAAUACCUGUGAAAUUCAGUUCAAUCACAAAGGUGAGGAUUAUGUCCUUGGUGACUACGUCUAUAAUGGAACAAUUAGUGAGUGUGGUUGUGAUAAUCGUACAAAUAUUUGCAUUAGAAAGUGCUGUGACCUAAAUUACACCCUUUCCGACCAAACGUGCAUUUUUAACGACACCCAAAGUUUUAAAAUUGCCGUCUACGAUGACGUUAACCCAGUCGCGGAAAAUCUUACGUUUCGUUACGUAGCAGGCAGAGUGAAGUGUCCUAAGGGAAUCUCCCACUAUAGAUUGGAGCCCUUGGAUUACCCCGAUGAAACCUUCUAUUUCCAGCCCAAUGGAAGUUUGUGGCAGCCCGAGGUGAACAAAUUAAUUUAUCGGGAGAACUAUUGCUUGGAGAAUUUCCACGAUAUUGGAUUGUCGGCGUUUGUCUGUGUGGAUGGCCCUCCCGAAGAGCCAAAGUCACUGUACACACUUGGAAUGAUAAUUUCCAUGCCAUUUCUCCUGGCCACCUUCAUCGUGUACGGCCUCCUGCCCGAAAGGAACAUGCACGGAAAAUCGCUGAUGAGCUACGUCAUAUCCUUGUUCGGCGCGUACCUUUUCCUGGUGAUAAUACAGGAGCAUACCGAAAUUGUCGGCGCAGGCUGCAUCGCCUUGGGUACUUUAUGCCUGUUCUUCUUCAUGGUGUCGUUCCUUUGGAUGAACGUUAUGUCUAUUGAUAUUUGGUGGACGUUCAAAGGGAUAAGGGGUUUGAGUGGUAACAAGAAGGAGGUGGAGCAAAAACGUUUCCUAAUGUAUUCAAUCUACUCUUGGGGCGUGCCCUUAGUUUACAUCAUUAUUAUAACGAUAAUAAACGUCAGUGCGCCCCCAAACGCCUGGUAUAAGCCUGGCAUUGGCGACGGACAGUGCUGGUUCUCUCUUGGAGAGACUACACUAGUGUACUUUUAUCUGCCUCUCUGUAUCAUUAUAAUUGCGAAUGUGGUGCUUUUUGCGCGGACUUCUUUCAGGAUACGGGAAAUGCAGCAAGAGACCGCCAUUCUGAGACGAAAUGAGAACAGAAUCAGCACCCAAGACCACGAUAAGCAAAGGUUCUACCUGUACUUAAAACUACUUAUGGCAAUGGGCGUUAACUGGUCAAUGGAGAUCAUUUCGUGGGCUGUAGACUGGAAGGUUGAGGAGGUACAUCCGGCAGUGUGGAUUUUAACGGACCUCUGUAACGCUUUGUACGGGGUGUUCAUUUUCUUCAUGUUUGUCUUCAAGCGUACGAUGUGGAAUUUGAUGAAGAAACGGUACUACAUGGUGCGUGGAAAAGUGCAGUUGGCUAAGACCAUACGCGCAUCUGACUCACCGACGACAAGUACAACUGCUAUAUCUCUCACUAACAGGAUAACUUAAUCACGUUUUGUAUUGUUUUUUAUUUUUAUUUAUUUAAAACGCACUUUGAAUGUCGCUUAAGAACAAUAUACUCUUUUGCUUCUGUGUCUUAUGUAGGUAUCACUAUCAGUAUUAUAAAUAAAGUAAACGCACGCAAA